CCCUACUCUCUUCCAGCUAUAAAAACACCAUUUUUAUUACCUAUUGAUUCAUGUUUUCUUUGCUUCCAAACACACAUUCCACGCAAAAUCCUAACAAUUUUCUCGCCAACUUUCUCUAGAAAGUUUUCUCAUGCAAAAAUACCCCUUGUCGUUUUUUCAGUCCUAGACUCACAUUUCAUCUCUGUUGUUCUCUUCAUCAUAUAUAGUAAAACUUUAGAGUGUAUAUUUCUGUGGGAAAACACUACAAAAAAAAAAAAAAUUAGUGUCGUCGUAAAGUUCUAGAUCUUUCGGCUUUUGAUAUAAUCAUACAUAAACUUGAUAUAAGUGUAACAUUUUAUAUAUAGGGAUUUUCUAGUAGGAAUUAUUUUCCAUAGUUUCGUUUUUUUUUUCUCUCGAGAAGAUGAGAUCAGAGAACGAGGAUCGGUGUUUAGUGCCACAGUCAAAACCGGAGGAAACAACUCCUGAAUAUCAGAAAACACUAAAAUUUGCAUAUACAAGAGAUUUUCUCUUUUCCUUAGCUGAAUUCGAUACAUGCAAAAAGUUACCUACUGGAUUUGACAGUUCAAUAUUAAGAGAACUUGGAAAUCAAUCAACUAGUGUGCUGCAUUCUUAUCAUGAUUCAGAUGCUGGCAGAUUUCAAAGCAGCCCGUCUCUUUGCGCAUGGCGAAAUGCUGAGCAAGGACUUCUGGGAAGUGGUGUCUUUGCAAGAGUUCAUAGAGGUGUAGCUGAGACUUCUGAUCCUGUACUUAAAGGCAGUGGCUUCCAUAUACUCAACCGGAGUAGUGAACCUUAUCGGCCUCCACAUCUAUGUAAGGCAAAAAAUUAUUCAGUGAGAGAAAGUGAGGACCAUUAUAAUGAUGAAACAUUUGGUUCUUGUGAUAAUCUGAGUCAAGAGAGAGCAGAGGAGGAGCAAAGGAGAAGGGAUUCAUUUGAAUUGAUGAGGAACGAACAAGAAAUGGCUACUCAAGAAAAGCAAAAGAUAAUCUGUGAUGAGCAUAAAGAAACUUUGAACCUAGAUAUUGCUAUAAUCGUGGAGGAUUCUGGAGUUGAUAAGAAGGUUGCAAACAAGUACAGUAAAUCCAGGGGUGCUAAGCCUUAUGAUGUUAAAGAAGGUCACCCUGAGAAUCCUGUAUUCUGUUCCUCUGUCUUAGUUCAUCAGUUUCGUGAAGGAGAGAAGAAGACUGCUGCUGAUCAAAAGGUCAAUGACCAUGACUCUACAAAAUUUUCUUUUGGAACAAAUGGAAUUGCUCACAAUCUUAUGAAAUCUGCCUCCACUCCUGUUUCAAAGGAAAGCUCUAUGCAAUUAUAUGGUUGUUGUAAUCCAGGAGCUCAUUCUAGUCAUUGCUUGGAAGAAUCCAUUCUGUCAGAGAUCAAUGGAAGGAGCAGUUAUGAUAUAGAGGACUCACAAUCAAGUUGCUCCAAUUAUGGUGAAGCACAUCAGCACUUUCUUUUGUUGUUACAAAAGGGAGCAGGCUUGACUGAUUUGGCAGAAUCCUCAAAGCUAAACAUGUGGUCCUUGUAUAAACCCUAUGUUUCUGAAACUGGAAAUGACAACAACCAGCUAAACAAAUCAGGCAGAGUAUUUAUAAACAAUUUUGAGAAGAAUCUUCGUGAACCUAUCUCUGGAACAUUUGUAAAGGAUUCACAAUCAACUGCAUUAUCAGGCACCCAAAAAGACUUGACAAGCAUGUACAAAGGGGAUGAUGCAGUAGAGUCUCAGGUCCGACUUCCAGUUGGGGAAAAUUGUAUCAUUCCUUUGACAGUCAAUGGGACUGGACCCAUUGGAGAUGCUGAAGGCAUCACGCUCUCGGGCUUUGCCAAGCAAACUGGUGUAAACAAAAGAAAUGGUAAUCUUUUGGUCUCCAAUAUUCAGGCUAAAGUAGGACUUAAUCUUCAGGGCGGGCCAGAGUUGAAGAACAGUUCUCUCAGUAGUUUUGAUGAACUUGACAUUUGUCUGCCUGAUGAGGACAGCCUGAUAACUGCUGAUGACUACAUAUUGCAGCAAGACUCCAUGUUUAUGGCUGCUGGGGAUACCUCAAGUACACCGGUUAAUAUUUUUGGGAGGCUAGCAGAUUGUGGUGUUGCUGUUGGUGAAAAAAGAUUUGAUCUGGCAGGUUUUCUAAGGCCUACUUCCUUUCAUAGUUCUCAUGAUCUAGUGAGUUUGGAUACUCCUUUUAAGAGUCUGCGCAUGCAGCAAUCUUACCCACAGCUCCAGCAUUCUCAGCUGAAGCAAGGAAAGGAACAAGGGAGUUGUUCCAAGUCACAAGAAAGUAUAAAGGGUUUAAGAAUCAAGCCUAAAAAUUUAAAAGCAUGUCCCUGUAAUCUACAACCUCUUCAACAUUUUCCUACAAACGUGCAUCUCACUUCCUACCAGCACCUCCGAGCUGCUGAAACAGGGUUUGAUCAUUCUGGUAACAAUCAGUUGCCACAGGAGUUACCCAUUCCAGGCUAUUUCCCUCCCCACCAAUUGUAUGGACUGCCAAGAGUUGCAUUUCCUCAACACACUUCAAAUGAAAUGGUUUGUUAUGCACAGGACCAAAAUGCCAUGCUUAAUUCUUCUUUGAGUUUUAAGCAACAAUGCUACAGGGACCUUGAAAGUGCCAGUUCCAGGCAUUUUGAGAUGGGAAUUGAGAGCAAAGCUGAUGCAUCCUCCUACUAUGCUUGGCCAUGAGCAGGGAGCGUUUGCCAAACAGGUUGAAGCAGGCUAUAGACAUUUUGGCGGCUAGAAAAUGAAAUUUCAGCUUUUGUCUAACCUCAACUUGUAAUUGGCUUAGGUAGAUUCAUCUUUCGUUUAAAAUCUCGAUUCUAAACUCCUUGUGGUGUUCGUAGAUAUUGACUUUAAUGUCUGAAGAUAAGUUUAAAUGCAGACAGAUAUACAUAUAUGUAUCCGUUCUGAUAUUGGGCACUAUCAACAAAGUAAGCAAUGCAAUGAUAGAUGGAAUGUUUUCUA